AUGCUGACUUCAAUCCACUCGCGAACAUCGUACGUAAUAUCCGCCUUAGUGACAGCGGAAACUUCAGAAUGCCUUCUUAAACGGACUGAACAUUUUAUCGAGCAUUUGCAACAAUACCCUGAAGCUAGGGAUUACGCUAUAAAGGAAGGCGCAUCUUUUGGUGAUGACGUCAAAGGAAUUGUUAAUGAGGCUUUAGCUCUGAUGGGGUACACAGGCCCGACAAAGAGCCGUGGUCCCAAUGUAUUGUCAAUAGAUGGCGGUGGUAUUCGAGGAAUUAUCGCGAUUGAGAUAUUGCGGCAUCUAGAAAUAUUGACUGGGAAAAAAGUUCACGAACUAUUUGAUUAUAUUGUUGGAGUUAGCACAGGAGCUAUCAUUGCCGCAGUUAUAGCAAGUGGAGCAGGCACCUUAGAGACUGCCAAUCAAAUGUACGUCACUCUGUCUAAACAAAUGUUUGGAAACACAUCACUUAUUGGCGGUACGUCAAGAUUAGUAUGGACCCACUCGUACUACGACACAGAGGCGUGGGAGAAAAUGUUACAGGAUAAUUUAAAAGGCAUCACUCUUACUGAAUGCAACCGUUAUAAUAUGCCUAAAAUGUCAGUGGUAUCGUGCGUAGUGAACUCCGGUUCCCGUCUCGCCCCGUUCCUAUUCCGUACGUACGAGUGCGGGUUCCGCGUACGAUCCGUAUUUCCUGGAACGAGUCGGGCUCAACUCUGGCAGGCUGUGAGAGCAUCUGCCGCCGCACCCACUUAUUUCACUGAAUUCAACUUAGAUGGAUUAUUGCAUCAGGAUGGAGGGAUCAUGGUGAACAAUCCAACAGCAGUGGGCCUACUACGGCCUACAUGA